AUGUUUACUAAAAUAUUUAUAUUUGGUGCUGUGUUGGCGCUAGCACAGACCAGCUACAUCCACGACACGCAUAAUGCGGGUGCCUACUUAAAUUCAGCCAAUUCACAUUUAGGUCAAGCUGGCUAUGGAGGUCUACAUAACUCUCAGCAGUUACUUGGUGGUUCAUACGCAGGCUAUGGGUCUCCAUUGUCUGGUCAUGGCCUCCAUGGCUCUCCUUUAGCCAACGCAGGUCUUGGAUUAGGCAACUCAUUUUCUGGUGGUGCCAUAUCUCAUACUUACAUUGAGAAAGUAGUUCCUGCUGUCAAUCACGCUAGUGUUGCUCUGCCCAAUGCCAACCCACUGUCUUCCAUCUCCGCUGUGGGCCACAGAUCUCCUCUGUCCCAUGGAAAUUAUGCCCAAGUGACUCCCUUAGCUCACGCUGGAUCCUUCGCUCAUGGAGCGUUGGCUUCGGGUCAUUUAGGUCACUCUGGACUUCUAAGCCAUGGUGCUGGAUACCCGCAGAUUUCCUCGUACGCCGCUAAUGCACCACUGGUCAAUGGCGCUUUGUCCCCAGCACUCGGACACUCCGCUGGUGCUUAUGGUGGUCUCCUAGGCCACAGGCCUCAAGUGUCAUACACUAACGUCGUAGCCCAUCCUCCUCCUUCUGCGUAUGCCCAUUCUAGCCACGGUCUCGGUCACGGUCUUGGCCUCGGUCAACUUGGUCACUCUGGUCUCUCCCAGUCGAUUGCCCCUCAAGCUGCAUAUGCUCAUUCCGCUUUAACUCAUGGUGCUCCUUUAGCUGGAGCUAUUCCUAGAGUUCCCCUGGGUCACGCGUCUCUGGCUGGAGCACACUCCAACUUGCUGUCUCACGGUAACGGUCUCGGUCUGGCUGGGUACCAAGGUGCCGGAGCUUAUGGAGGCUAUGCUGGUCGUUACGCCGGCAACUACAACUCCCACCCUCACUACAAGUUCGGCUACUCCGUCGCUGACCCUCUGACCGGCGACAACAAGUCCCAGCACGAGGUGCGCAAUGGUGACGCGGUGAAGGGAGAAUACUCCCUGGUGCAGCCCGACGGCUCCGUCAGGAAGGUCACAUACGCCGCUGACGAUCACACCGGUUUCCAUGCCGUGGUGCAAAACUCUGGCCCCAAUCACCACAUCUACUCCAGACAUCAUCAUCACUAA